CUGUCGUCUGUACACAUUUAGAGAUCCAUGCUGACGAGUCCACAUGAACUGCUGUAGACUGAAUUCCAUCAGGAUCCAGAGUGUUCUGGUUCAUGCUUUUCUCACACUGCUUUCCUCUCUUGCUUUUGGGAUACCCGACGAGUUAUCCCAUCAGUUAUCUGGAAAUGUCAAAGGAAAGAUCAUUUUCCGUCAAAUGGAAGGGAAUUCAACAUACUUGCGUGAUAGUGGGAAGUUGGCAUCUUACAUACCCACCAUGGUUUCAUUUGAGCACUUUGACCCGAGGCAUACCCUGCGCUCUGUCACUUUCAUAUACACAUGGGACUUAGGCAAUGGGGAAGUGCGUAAAGGCCCAGAGCCUUUUGUGACAUGUCACUACACUUUACCAGGGAACUACACAUUUCAACUGAGAAUUGAAACCAAUACACCCCAACAUUCCAGAAUAACUGGGCUGUACUCUGUAGAUUUGACUGUGUUAGAUGCCAUAAAGACCAUUGAAUUGAGAGGACCUUUAACUUAUAACGUGGACCAGAGCAGCAGUCUGUCCUUUCAGGUUGGAGGAAGUCCUCCGGUUUGGCUGUGCUGGAGAGUUUUGUCUGAUUGCCAAACACCCAGUCCAACUUCCUGCAAUUUAGUCAGGCUCUACGGGAACCAAUUCAAUCUGAACUACACCUUCAGAUCAGUAGGAACAUAUUGCUUAGACCUGAGUGUGAGAAAUAUUAUCAGCAACCUCCAGACAUCCUACAACAUCUAUGUGCAGAGCAGCUCUGUGAGUCUCAUCUUCAUAUUGCCCUGUGCUGCAGUGAUAGUUGCUACUCUCAUAUUCAUCUCUGUGUCGUGUCGUCCACAACAGCAAUCCCUCAUGGCAGACAUGAAUUAUCUUUCCUUCACAGAAAUCGAGCUGCGUGCCAGAGAUGCUUCGGUCACCUUACAGGAUAAUUCUCCUGCUUCUAAAACAAAUGAAGCCCAGCCCCUUCUUCAACAGCCAGAGACUUCCUACAGCACCCAACCCUGAUUGCCCUGUCUACAUUACACUUGAAGUAUUUAUUAAAAUCAAUC